CUCUGAGUCAAAUCUUCGCAACAAAGGCGAACGGGAAAAUUGUUUUCGUUGCAAGGAAAUUAUUGAAUUUUUCGUGAAAAGUUAAAAAGUGAAAAUAUUUAAGCAAUAAUUUUUAGUAUACAACUUGUGCUCAAAAUUUUCGUUCCAGUUAAAAUGUAUCGAAUAACGUGAUUUAGAAAAGUAUAUAAUUAUGUACACAUAUAUGCUGAAAAUAAGUUACGAGUAGGUACAUAACUUUCAAAGUGCGAAGAAAUAAUCAUCGAAGUGUUGAAGUGCGAUUAGUAAAAUUAAGACUAUAAAAAUCGAAAUUUAAACAACGUGCGUGCAAUACGCAGCUCUAAGAAAAGAAACAAAAUCUGCUUGGUUUUCUUUCAUACAGGUAUAAAAAAAGACAACAAUUUAACAAAGGUCUCAAUUACACAAAUCAUUAUACGGGUAUGCAAUAGAUACCGAUUAACCUAAUUAGUAUACUCAAUUGCUCCAGACACGUUCAACAAACGAACUCUGAAGUACCAUACCACUUGUACUAGAUCGACAUCCGAAAAUCAAAAAAUUGUGCAAAUAAAAUGCAGAGUAAUAGCAAUUCUGGGCGUCAAGGUAAAGAGAAGCGUUUCUCUAUACACGACGCAUUCGAGGAGGAGACAGACGAGGCAAUACGCGUUUAUGGGUCCACAGUGAUUUCAACGCCUAUUCGUGCCAAGCAACGUUCAACGGACGAUGUCUCCAUCCGCAUACAGGAUCCUAAAAACUACACCAAAUACGCUGAGGACACUACAUCACGUGACAGCGACUCGCUGAUUCAAGAGUAUGGCAAUAUACCCACAGAGGAGACCAAUACAUAUUGUUGGCGGCAUCCGAAGGUGCGCGAAAACUGGCGAACUGUUUUGGCUGCCGUUACAUUGCUGAUUGUUGGCACCGGUCUCUUCGUAUUCGGCACAUUUGCUGUCGCAGAUCCAGCGAAUACAUCGCAGGGUGUCGUGUUUUUUGUAGCAGGCCUAAUCUGCUUCAUACCAGGCGCCUAUCAUGUCGUAUACAUUUGGCUGGCAGCCAAAGGAUACCGAGGGUUUGACUUCUACCAUCUCCCGUUGUUUACAUAAAACAAUGUCGACGCCAUUGACGAUGACGACGACAACAUAGACAUAGAUCCAUAGAUGGGGAAACUACGAUGACGACGGCUUGGGUGAAGGCAUUAAUAAAGACAAUGGCAAUGACAAUGAUAAAAACGAUAAUAGAAUUGGAUAAAUGAUGGUACACACAUACGCCAACGUUUGGUACUUGUCGUUAUCGUUUGCUUUGAGUUGUUUUGGAGAGUUGGUGUGGUGUUAAAUGUUUGCGUUGACGACGAAGCCAAAAUUUUUAAACUUUAAUGUGUGCAUAUAGCGGUACAGUGCGAAAAUGAAAGGAAAAAUAAGAAGUAGGCCUCCUCAAUGAAUUAGGAGCUAACAUCAUUUAAUUUUAUAUAUAAUAUAUGUGUAUGUAUCUGCCUUCAAUUCGUUGGUGAAGUAAGGCAAAGUCAAAGUCCAAAAAAGCACACUCAAUCAUUACAUUGCCGAGAGACCUUUCACCGUUCGAACACUCGUCAUGUUAUUAUUGUGGAGUUUGUUUCAACUCAUAAACACACAUACAUAAAUUCAGCUUAGUAAACAAGUGCAUGCAGCAAUCAUUCGACUUUAGAAAACCGCAUCAGACUUAUCAUGGCAUUUAGUCAACAUUUAAAUGCCGCUGAUAUUGCAUACUCGGUAUAUAAUAAAGAGAAGCAAGCAAUGCAACGAUAAAAAUCAUAAGUAAAUAGGCAGCUAAAUCCUUGACUUGGUGACAAAGUUGAAAAUCAUCAGAAAUUCCAGUACGAUUUUUAUGAAUGAAAAGUGCAUAUAGCAAACGAAUUUGGAUAUAAAUUACAGGCAAAAGAAAAUGUUAGAGAGUACAUAUUUAGAAUAUUUGUAAACAAAAAAUAACAAAUAAUGUAUGCAUAUAUAUGUGUACUCCUUGUCUAUAUGUGCAGUAAAUCGAAUGACUAAACGAAUGCCUUAGACAUUCAUUAAAACACACUCCAGGAUGAAACUGAUAUUAAUAUUUUUUUCUUUUUUUCAAUAAUUGCAACUCUGCAAAGAUAAACGUGAAAAAGUGAGAAAAGUAAAGAAUAGCGCUGUCUCAUCAAUCAGAAAAUUUUGCAUCGUUUUUUUUUCAUAUCUUAGAUAAUUAAAAUUUAUGAACUUAUAUUGCAAUCCUUUUUUCAAUUAUCAUAUAUAUUUCAUUUGAAGCUAAUUACGAUCGACCGCAUAAUAGCCAAAAUUUAUUAUUCCUUAACUCUUUUCACAAGUCAAUUUUUUUUUGGCAAUUACAUAGCCCAAAAACUAUUAAUAUUACUUACCGAUUAAUACU